AUUCUCAUUAUUCUUUGUAAUAUGUAGGCCUAUCGAUCCAUCCUAUUCAUGAACCUGUAUCUACAUAGCAAUUAGCAUACACUGUUGGGCAGAUCAUCGGGUUCAAGAAAAUUAAUUAACAAAGUUCUUUGUUUGUGAUGGAGUUUACUUUUCACCAGCUGCUACCAACCAGAUAAAUAAGUCGUACAUAUUCGUUCUCUUAAGAAUCAUUUCUAGUUCAUUGCAAUCUUGUUGGAAGUCACUGCUAUAGCUGCCGAGAUGAAAUCACUUACAUCAACUUUACUGUUAAUAUGCCUUCUGCAUUGGUGGACUUUAAAGACUGAUGCUAGAGCUUUAGGUCCUAGGGCUCCUUUCGUAGCUUCUGGGCAGUCCGUGGACGAAGAUGUUUAUCUUGAUCUGGACGAUGAUGGCGGUACUGACCACGGAAGAGAUGGCCAAACUAAAUAUAUUAAAAAGGGGCAACGACCACAGGAGGAGAGAGUCGAUGGAGCACGGAAGAAGCAGGGUGAUAUGAUGAACAUUAACGCACCUAAGAAGCCUAUCACCCCUCUCGCUCUUAACACUAAACCUGUGGAAGCACCUUAAUCAUCUUGGUGCUUCAUUAUACCCAUCUCACUUUUAGCACAAAGCCUGUGGAAACUCCUUCAUCAUUUUAGAUCUUCAUCACAUCUUUCUAGCCCUUAACAACAAACCUUAAAUAUAAUCCUUGUAUAAUCAUAUGCUUUUGUAGUUAUCUUAUGUUUACCGGUAUUCAGAUACCUUAAUUUAUAUACAAACCUAUUAACUGGGACCUACAUAAUAAAAGCUUUGCUUUUUAGUAGAUCCCCCACUUUAUUAAGCUUUUUGCAAUGUAUUUAUCAUACUUAUGAUUGUAUCUUUUGUCAUUAGUAUUACCAUGUUCAUUAUGUUUCUAUAUUGUAUGUUGAGUUUUAAUUAUUACCAUGUUCAUUAUGUUCAAUUAUGUUAUCUUUGAUAAAGUGGAAAUAAAUAAACUUAAAACUUGAAACCUGUUCUCACAUAAUUGUCUUGGUGCACACCCUUUUCACUCUCAGCACAAAGCAUAAGGAAACCCUGUACUUGUCAUGGUGCUUCAUCUCAUUAACACAAAUCUUUGGAAACCCCUUUAUCGUCUUAGUGCUUCAUCACAUCACAUCUUUCUUGCCCUCAACACCAAACCUGUUCUCACAUAAACGUCUUGGCAUUUCAUCACAUUUCUAACAUCCUUCUCGUUCUUAACACAAACCCUUGGAAACAAUUUAUUCAUCUCGAUGCUUCAUCUCUCCAUUAUAACUCACAAAACCAAACCUAGUUACAUUCUUUAAACGUGUUAAUGAUCUGAUCUGCCCCAAGGGAGAAGUCAUUUCGACGAAAACAACUCAAAAUGCACUGGCGUACCGAAAAUGUCCACAUCAUUAUUGCCAUAUUGUUAUUUGGAAAUUGGCUUUGUGUUUGUAGAAACUUAUAGUGGAAAUAGCCAAGCUGUUGCAUCUAUGGCUGGCAAGGCCAGAAAGGUGUUGAAUAUAUGGCGUCUGCAUCCUUCUUGCCCUCAUUAGACUGUGCAUCGGGUGUUUUAUCGUGACUGAAGCAAAAAAUAUUAUGGAGGAUACACACUUGUGAUUAUUGUGAAAUUGAUAAAUCAACCAGGAGUACGAGUCUAU